GUUUAGGAUUUUUGUUAUACGGUUAUGAAAAGAUAUAUUUUUAACUUUAUUAACUUUAGGGUUGGUCAAGUUCAUAUAUAUAGAUAUAGUUUAGUUGACCUUGGGAUAUAGAACAUGUCAGCUUCUUUCAAGUGGGCUAUAUAUUCAAUCGUAUAUUCAUAAUUGUGUACAGAGAACGAGAAUCUAUAUAAGCGCCACAUAACUCUUCCUUCUACUGCUCUCCACAAAGUAUCGUAUAUAUAUUUUGUACUGUUCAAGUUCUUCGCUCGUCAUCUCUUUUACUACUGGAAUAAAUAUCUUAAUAAUAUUGUGCAUUCAAAAUGAGUGGAAGAGUUGGUGAUGAAAUUCAGAUGAAUGAAACAGCAGAUGGUGAGUUAUCGAUUGGGCCAUUACCAUACAUCCACAAGCUUGGGAAACCUCCUAAGCAAAAUCUCCUCAAAGAAAUCAUCACUGCUGCCAAAGAGACCUUCUUUUCGGAUGAUCCUUUGCGCUCUUUCAAAGACAAACCCAAGUCAAAAAAGUUUGUGCUCGGUGUCCAAGCUGUUUUUCCUAUUAUUGGUUGGGCUAGGAACUAUAGUCUCUCCAAGUUUAAAGGAGAUCUCAUUGCUGGACUCACCAUUGCUAGUCUUUGUAUUCCUCAGGAUAUUGGCUAUGCAAAGCUUGCUUAUCUGCCUCCUCAAAAUGGAUUAUAUAGUAGCUUUGUUCCACCUCUUGUCUAUGCUUUUAUGGGGAGCUCUAGAGACAUAGCCAUAGGGCCAGUGGCUGUGGUGUCUCUGUUGCUUGGUGAUCUUCUGCAGGCUGAGAUUGAUCCGAAUGAUCUCAUUCCCUAUCGACGUCUCGCUUUCACAGCAACAUUCUUUGCUGGACUCACUCAAUUGGCACUAGGUUUUUUCAGAUUGGGGUUCUUGAUUGAGUUUCUAUCCCAUGCUGCCAUUGUUGGGUUCAUGGGAGGAGCUGCCAUUACAAUCGCCCUUCAGCAGCUCAAAGGUUUGCUUGGCAUAAAAAAGAAUUUCACAAAGAAGACAGAUAUUGUCUCUGUUUUGCGUUCAGUGUUUAACUCCGCUCAUCAUGGGUGGAAUUGGCAGACUAUAGUAAUUGGGGUGACAUUCUUGGCUUUUCUUCUGGUCGCCAAACACAUUGGAAAACGAAACAGAAAGUAUUUUUGGGUGCCGGCUAUCGCUCCUAUGAUCUCUGUUGUGGUGUCCACUUUUUGUGUCUACAUAACUCGUGCUGAUAAAGAUGGUGUUCAAAUAGUGAACCAUAUUGAAAAGGGUAUAAAUCCAGUCUCAGCCAAUGACUUAUUCCUCUCCGGAGAAUAUGUUGGCAAAGCCUUUAGGAUAGGCGUUGUUGCUGGUAUCAUAGCGCUAACCGAAGCAAUAGCAAUUGGAAGAACAUUUGCAACCAUGAAGGACUAUCAAAUUGACGGUAACAAAGAAAUGGUGGCAUUAGGAACAAUGAACAUUAUUGGCUCUUUGACAUCUUGUUAUGUAGCUACAGGGUCGUUCUCUCGGUCGGCUGUGAACUACAUGUCAGGGUGCCACACGGCUGUGUCGAACAUCGUAAUGGCUGGUGUUGUGUUCCUAACGCUAGAGCUGAUCACGCCGCUAUUCAAGUACACACCCAAUGCCAUCCUCGCUUCCAUCAUUAUUGCCGCCGUGGUCAAUUUGCUCGACUAUGAGGCUGCCAUUCUCAUAUGGAAGAUCGACAAAUUCGACUUUGUCGCUUGCAUGGGAGCUUUCUUUGGUGUUGUUUUCAUGUCUGUUGAGAUUGGUUUACUAAUUGCGGUUUCUCUAUCUCUUGCUAAAAUUCUUUUGCAAGUGACGAGGCCACGAACUGCUGUACUAGGAAAACUACCGAGGACUAGUGUGUACAGGAACACCCUUCAAUACCCAGAGGCAAGGAAGAUUCCUGGAGUUUUGAUUGUCAGAGUUGACUCUGCUAUAUACUUCUCCAAUUCUAACUAUAUUAAAGAGAGAAUUUUGAGGUGGUUAGCUGAGGAAGAAGAGCUAGUGAAUGAAAAUAAUUUGCCAAGAAUUCAGCACUUGAUUGUGGAGAUGUCGCCUGUAACUGACAUUGACACCAGUGGCAUCCAUGCUUUGGAAGAAUUAUACAAAAACCUUCAGAAGAAAGAGGUUCAGCUUGCUCUAGCAAAUCCGGGUACGAUUGUGAUGGAGAAGCUUUACGCGUCAGAAUUCGCAAACGAGAUUGGAGAGAACAACAUCUUUCUUUCUGUUGGAGACGCUGUUCACGUCUUUGCUCCAAAAACUAGUAACACAGAAGAACCCUGAUCCCAAUUUAAUGCAUAAAUCUUUUACCAAAAAAGAAUAAUAAUAAAUUAAUACAUAAUUCUCUUAUAUAUCAUAUCUUUAUAUAUAUGUUUAGUAAAGUGUAAUCUUAAACGUACAUGGCUUGAUUUUGAACCCCCAUUAGUCUUUUAUUUAGUGAUUGUGAAUUUGUGAGAUAUAUUUCUUUUUUAUUAUA